GCGACCCGAGCCGCACAGGCUGGCCGGAAGCGGAGCCGAGCGCGGCCGGAAGGAGCCGAGCGCGCCCGCAGGGCCUCAGCGGCGACGGGGCGUUGGCCCGGCCGCGCCGGAGCCAUGGCGGCCGAGGGGGCCGAUGUGGUCGGAGGAGGGCCUCUCGGAGGCUGCCUGACCAAGGACAGCUUGCCGCAGGCUAAGUGCCCCGACGCGGCCCCGAGCCGGCGGCGUAGCUCGGCGCGCUCACGAGACGCCGAGCGCCGCGCCUACCAGUGGUGCCGAGAGUACUUGGGCGGGGCCUGGCGCCAGGCGCGGCCAGAGGAGCUGAGGGUUGACCCUGUGAGGUGGGAGGUCAGGGGUCACCCCCUCCUGUGCGCGCGCCGGGUCGGGCUCGGGCCCUGGGGACCCUCGGCGUUCCUGGGCCGGGGGCGGGCCGGGGGCGCGGGGCGCGGGGGCUGGACGCCGGGCCGGUGGAGCGGACGGCGGGCUGAGCGCGCCCUGCUGUGGGUCUGCAGCGGAGGCCUCAGCAACCUGCUCUUCCGCUGCUCGCUGCCCGACCACCUGCCCAGCGUUGGCGAGGAGCCCCGGGAGGUGCUGCUGCGGCUGUACGGCGCCAUCCUGCAGGGCGUGGACUCUUUGGUCCUUGAAAGUGUGAUGUUCGCCAUACUUGCAGAGCGGUCGCUGGGGCCCCAACUCUACGGAGUCUUUCCAGAGGGCCGGCUGGAACAGUACAUCCCAAGCCGGCCACUGAAGACACACGAGCUUCGAGAUCCAGUGUUGUCUGCAGCCAUUGCCACGAAGAUGGCCAAGUUCCACGGCAUGGAGAUGCCUUUCACUAAGGAGCCCCACUGGCUAUUCGGGACCAUGGAGCGGUACUUAAAGCAGAUCCAGGACCUGCCCCCUACCGGCCUUCCCCAGACGAACCUGCUGGAGAUGUACAGCUUGAAGGAUGAGAUGGGCAACCUCAGGAAGCUGCUAGACACUACCCCAUCACCAGUGGUCUUUUGCCACAAUGAUAUCCAAGAAGGGAACAUCUUACUGCUCUCAGAGCCUAAAAACACCGACAGCCUCAUGCUGGUGGACUUCGAGUACAGCAGUUAUAACUACAGGGGCUUUGACAUUGGGAACCAUUUUUGUGAGUGGGUUUACGAUUACACCCACGAGGAGUGGCCUUUCUACAAAGCGCAGCCUGCAAACUACCCCACUGAGGGACAGCAGCUCCAUUUCAUUCGCCACUACCUGGCAGAGGUGAAGAAAGGUGAGGCCAUCUCCCAAGAGGAGCAGAGGAACCUGGAAGCAGAUUUGCUGGAGGAAGCUAAUCGGUAUGCCCUGGCAUCUCAUUUCUUUUGGGGUCUCUGGUCCAUUCUUCAGGCAUCCAUGUCCACUAUAGAAUUUGGUUACUUGGAGUAUGCGCAGUCUCGGUUCCAGUUCUACUUCCAGCAGAAGGGCCAGCUGACCAGCUUGCACCCCUCAUCCUGACUCCGCCUCCAACUCCUGGCAUUUCUCCUGGAGCCUCCAGGGCAGGACCUUAGGGGAAGGGGCACAGGGGAAGCCCUAGGGGGCUGGGCUGAGCCGCACUGAGACUGGAGUUAAGGAGGCUGAUCUCCCCCGGGCCCCAGGUUCCCCCUGCGGGAAGUGGGCAGAAGCCCUGGCGUGUGCACCGUAGGAAAAUAAACUCGCUGCGCCCCUUG